GCUAUAUAUACUAGUAGGGCGCUUGGUUUUGUUCAGCGCGUCAUGGCUACCUACGCAGAAGCAGUGGCCUCUAAAGAGCCAAUGACUCUAGAAUCACUGCAGGCAGCCAUGACAGAGAUGAGGCAGACGCUGGAAACCAAGAUAUAUGACCAAAAGCAAAGAAUUGACGCGCAGGCAGAGGAGAUUGCGGGACUGAAAAGUGAACUGGCUCAAGCAAGGACUGAAAUGUCAAAGCUAGACCGCCAGACUGGCGAGUUUGGAAAGACGGUGGAGAACUUUGGGAAGGUUGUGCAGGAAAAGGUGUUUCCAAUUCAGUCAGCUGCACCCCUGCAAAGUGCGGAGGUGGUAGAGGAGGUCAGGAGGACAGUCUCGGCGGUGGUGGAAGAGAGAGUGUGGGAAACUGUUGAGCGCAAGUCACGUGGGUGCACGCUUCGUAUCACCGGUCUAGAAGAAAGUCAAGAGGGGCCUCCUGUGCUUGAACAAGUAAUCCAGCUCGUGUCUGAGAAGAUGAAAAUGCCAAAUGCCAAGGAUCUGAUCCAAUCGGCUUCCAGAAUUGGUAAGCGCAGAGAAGAUGGACGGCCUCAGGUGGUCCUGGCGCGCUGCAUUUCUGAACAAGCACGGCGGCAGAUCCUGAUGCGGAAGCCAAAUCUUAAGGGGUGCAGGAUUGGUGUUGAUGAAGACAGAACGCCUGUCCAGCAAGCUCAGCAUUACAGCAUGGUCAAGCUCAUGCGAGAGGCCAGGGCUCAAAAGAAGCAUGCACGCAUUAUGGGGGGCAGGCUCUUUGUCGACGGCGCUGUUCAGUCGAAGGUAGAGGAGGUCCCUCUUGCGGGUGCAACGCGUGCAUCGGAAAGUGGCGAAGGAGUCAGGCAAACAAGAGAAAGGAGCGAAGUGCUGGAGGCUCCGAUCAAAGAGGGCGAAGUCGAAGCAGCUCUGAAGUGCCUCAAGAACGGAAAAAGUGCUGAUCUGAAAGGCUUUACGGCUGAACUGCUGAAGGCAGGGCAAAAGCAGCUUGUGGCGGGCCUAACCUCGGUCUUUAACCGGGUUUUCGAAGAAGGCGUGUUUCCGGAGGAUUGGAACGAGGGUGUGCUCGUUGCCAUUUUCAAGAAAGGAUACCCGUCAGAUUAUGGCAAUUACAGGACGGUGACAGUGGGGCCGGUGUUGGGCAAACUGUUUGCAACUGUCAUCAAUCGAAGGCUGACGGAGUGGGCCGAGAAAGGGUCAAUUCGGGCAAAAGGGCAGGCCGGGUUUCGAAAAGGUUUCCGAGCAACAGAUCAUCUUCUUGCGCUGCGUGUCCUGAUCGAAAAAUGGGGUCGAGGUAGGGAUCGGCACCUCUUUGCUUGCUUUGUCGACUUCAGAAAAGCGUUUGAUCUGGUGCCCAGAGAUAAGUUGUGGCAACGGCUGAAAGAACUAGGAGUGGGGGUGAAAAUGCUGCAGAGCGUGCGGAGCAUGUACACCGACGUGCGUUGCCGGGUCAGGGGAGAUGGUUGGAUCUCAGAAGAGAGCUUCCAAAGCAACUCGGGAGUCAAACAGGGUUGUCCUCUUAGUCCAUUGUUGUUCGGGCUGUACACAGACGGUUUGGAGGAUUCGAUGCGGGGGAGGGGAGAUCCAACGCUAAUGGGAGUUGGGGUUCCGCUCUUGGCGCCGU